AUGGGUUGUAUAUCUAGUAAAAAGAAAACAAAGCCAGAAGCACUACCAACUCAAGCAGAAUACUCAACCGCCCAAAGUCGAGUCCUGAAGAAAGAAGAGCUAAAGAUUGAAGCGUCAAAUUUCGUAUGAAAAGGAAAAGGCUCUAUCAAAGACCACUACCGAAUGGAAGAGCAACUAGGAAAAGGCGCUUUUGGUUUUGUUCGGCUCGCGACACAUAUUCCUACUGGUCAAAAGCGGGCAAUUAAGACUAUUCACAAGAGCUCUAUAAUAAACGAGGCUGCAGAAAGAAAUAAAUUCAUAACUGCCCACCUCCGUUAGCGAACAAAAUUUUUUUUGUUCACUCACGGAGGGGGUGUUAUUUUUUUUGUUAAAAAAAUUUAUAUAUAAAUCUUAUUAUAAUAAUUUUUUUUUCAAAAUUUAAAAAAACCAAUUCGCAAAAUUGGAAAACAAAUAUUAUUUAAUUUGUAGAAUUUAUGUUUUAAAAUGCAAUUUGUUAAAAUUAAACAGAAUUAGCUAGAUAUUUCAUUAUAAUAAUUAUCACUUAUAUAUCAAUUUUUUUCAUAAACAAUUUUUGUUCGCUCAGGGAGGGGGGAGUAAGCGAAAUUGAAAUUUUGCGAAAAGCAGAUCACCCAAACAUCGUAAAACUGUACGAGUUUUUCGAAGAUGAAGAACACUACCACUUAGUUACAGAACACGUUAAGGGCGGAGAGCUCUUCGAUUACAUUAUUAAAACCAAAAUGCUUUCAGAAAAAAUAGCAGCUCAUUUCAUGAUUCAGUUAUUGAGCGCUGUCCUUUAUUGCCACACAAACAAUAUCGUGCAUAGGGACCUUAAGCCCGAAAACUUGCUAUUGGAGACCCAAGACCACGACGCGAAUUUAAAAGUCAUUGAUUUUGGUACCUCUGCAAUUUUUGAGCCUUGUAAAAAUUUGACUCAAAAAUAUGGGACUGCAUACUAUAUCGCCCCAGAGGUUUUGAGGAAGGACUACAACGAAAAAUGUGAUAUUUGGAGCUGUGGGGUAAUUUUGUACAUACUAUUAAGUGGCAAACCUCCUUUUUAUGGAAGAAAUGACCGGGAUGUCAUUAGAAGAGUGGAAAAAGGGGAGUUCUCAAUGAAAGGGAAAGAGUGGGAAGAUAUCUCACCGCAAGCCAAACAACUAAUCAGCAAAAUGCUGGAUUUUAACCCGCAGACGAGAAUUUCUGCAAGUGAAGCGAUUCAGGAUGAGUGGAUUUGUAAGUACACAGAUAAGUCAGAUCUCACAGAAACUCAAGAGCUCAGGUCUCUUGAAGUCCUCAGGACUUUUCGGGCAGAAGAAAAGCUGCAGUAUGCAGUUCUUUCUUUUAUUUCUUAUCAGCUUGUCAACAGAGAAGAGUCGAAACAGCUGACCGAGAUGUUCAGGUCUCUUGACAUAAACGGAGACGGGAAAAUCAGUAAAGAAGAGCUGCUAGAGGCCUACUCAAAAUCGCUCGGAAGAUCAGCAGCAAUUGAUCAGGUUGAACAAAUCAUGGCAAAAGUUGACGCAAAUAACUCAGGAUAUAUUGACUACUCUGAGUUUAUUAUGGCUGCAACUGCUUUGGAGACACUGAUUAGCAAAGAAAACUUGAAAUCAGCCUUCAUGGCUUUUGAUGCUGAUGGGAAUGGCAAAAUCUGUGCGAAAGAGCUAAAGAUGUUUUUGGGGAAUGAUAUUAAAGUAAGUGACGUUGUGUGGAAAGAUAUGAUUUCACAGGUCGAUUUAGACGGCGACGGAGAAGUGGAUAUUAAAGAGUUCGAAACUAUGAUGAUACAGCUCAGCCGGACCUCUGCUUUGUAA